AUGUGGCAAGAAGCAAAGGCAAAUGACAAGAGGAUUCGGGAACUGAUGGUGGAUCACAGAAAGAGGGCAGAGAGACGUCGAGCCUACUAUGAGUCCAGGCUUGGCGAUCCUCAGCAGUUGAUCCGUGUUAUUGGGUCCUCCACAAAGUUAUAUCCUGAUGCUGAGCAAUUUUAUUACCAUGAAAAUCCAGAGAAUCUCAUGCCAUGGCAGGCAAAUCCAGAUAUCAAGAUUGAUCGCUUUGAUGGCCGUUCGUUGCUUGAUUUCGUGCCUGAUGUCAAUGUGGGAGCAAACCUUCAAAAUAUAUCGAGAGAGGACAGAGAAUUGGCAGAUGAGCUGAAUUUUGAGAGAUACCAUGAUCUGAUAGAAGCAGAGCGAUUGAACGUUACGGAAUCAGACCGCUUAGCAGAAGUAGAUGAGGAAUGGACAAAGCUACUCGAUCGACAUCAAGCAAAACUCGCUCUCCUCAAGAACGAUAAGAAAUCAGCAAAUACCAACAAAGGCAAAACAUUUGGAUUCGACUAUGGAACAGCCAAAGUGGCAGCAGAUGAGGAUAUGGACGGAGAGGAUGAUUAUGACGACGAUAAAGAAUCACAGCUGCUCAAGGAAGCAGACAUUUUGCAAUAUGUUGACGAUUUGACAGACAAGGAUAAGGAUAUUCUAAACGACAUGUCUGGGAAGUAUGGCAUUCGCAGCUAUGCACGAUUGUUAAGAGUUGCAAAGAAAGAUCGAGAUGAAGAACUGAGAUCGCUCAAGAGAAAGCAAAGAGAAGGGAAACCAAAGGACGGAAGCAGAAGCUCUAGACGAAACGAACGACGUAGAAGAAGGCACCAUAGAAGAGAUGAUCAGACGGACGAUAGUCGCUACAGACGUCGAUAUAGUCCUACUUAUGAGCCCUACAAAAAUGAUUCAGGCGAAUCCUCCUCUUCUGAGGAUGACGAUGAGCCAGACAACAGCAAUUCAGAUUUUGUUAUUGAAUUUGGAUCAAGCACACCAGACGAAGGGGGUAAAAAGGAUCAACCUGAGGAAGAAAGCUACACACAAAGAUUAGACGCCCCAACUGCUCCUGUUGAAAAAAAACUUACGCCUAUGGAGAAACUCAAGCUGAAAAUGCGAGCCGGAUUAGAAAAAUCAAUUGCAUCAAAUGAAAAGGACAGAAGACAAAAGGAACGGGAAAAGGAGGCAGAACAUUUGCAAGAGCUAGCUAAAAGCCAGGGAUUACCUGCCAAUGCUUACUUACGGCCUGACCCACCUAUGAGAGAUAGCAGCGCAUCAAAUCAGGAUACAUCUAGCAGAUAUCGAUCUCCUUCGUCUGAGGGUUCCGUUUCUCCAAAGCGCAAUCCACAAAAAUCUAACCGCUCUCCUUCUCCCAAGCAUCCUCAGUCAAUAAGACAACGCUCUCCUUCUUCUCUUAGUAUUAAAUCUUCAUCAAGAGACCGCAAACGCUAUAGAUCUCCUUCUCCAAGAGAUGAGACGAGAUCUAGAAGAAGAUCACUGUCAAGAGAUAGAUAUAGAUCACACAAUCAUUCAAGUAGAGAUCGUCGCCGUCAUCGACAUUCCCGCUCACAUUCUCACUCCAGAUCUCCAAAGAGAGGAAGGCGCUAUCGUUCUCCGUCAGUGAGUGAAGAUCGCAGAGGCAGCCGAAAGCAUAGAUACUCAAAAAGUCCAAGUCCCAGUAGACAACGAGAAAGAGGUAGUAGACGUUGA